GAUUGUCACGUGGGUUGCUAACUUUGCACACUUGACAGGCAGUAGGAGGGUUUAGUGGAGAAGAGAAAAACGACAACGCGAGAAAAAUUAGUAUUUUUUUGUUGCACUUCCACAAAUUAAUGGCCAUGAGUUCGUUUUUGAUAAACUCCAACUACAUCGAGCCCAAAUUCCCACCCUGCGAGGAGUAUGGCCAAAAUAACUACUUGCACAACCAGUCUCCUGAAUACUACGAGCGGCCGAGGGAACCCGGGUUCGAGGCUCCUCCCGAAGCUCUUUACCAGGGUCCGGCCAGCUUUCCUGAAGCCAACUAUGGAUACAGCCACCUCACACCAAGCCAUGACGCCGGGGUCACCCAGGAUGGGCUACCUGGGAAAGGACAUAGCCAGUCUCAGCAACUUCUCCAAAGCCACGUCCUCAGACAGCCACCCCAGCUCUGUGAGCCUAUAGGAGUGUCCAAUGACAGCAUCCAUACUGAGAAGAAUGCUGCUGCUGCUGCUGCUGCUGGGGUGAAAUGCAAAGAGCCCGUGGUAUACCCCUGGAUGAAGAAAAUCCAUUGCAACAUAGUUAAUCCAAAUUACACUGGAGGGGAACCCAAAAGGUCUCGAACUGCCUACACCAGACAACAAGUAUUAGAGCUGGAAAAGGAGUUCCACUUUAACCGUUACCUUACCAGACGCCGGCGAAUAGAGAUAGCACACACGUUAUGCCUAUCCGAACGUCAGGUCAAGAUCUGGUUCCAGAACAGGAGGAUGAAGUGGAAGAAAGACCACAAACUGCCCAACACUAAGAUGCGCUCAGCAAACCCAUCAGCCUCAAGCCAGCAGUCAAAAGUACAGGGUCAUCAUCAGCACACAGAUGGGUCAACAACCCCAUUACUAUAAGUCUUACUUGUGCUGCUUCAGUGGCUGCUGGUAAUCAUUUGGACCAAAUGACUAUGGGGAAAAAAACAAAUAAAACAAACCUACUUACUAUUGCUGGAUACAAAAGUCCUUGACCAAACCAGGACAGUGUAUACAUAUGACCAAGGAUUUCCAUGGAGACUUUUUUGUUGUUGUUCUAUUUAAGUAUUUGACUGUAUACUUAUAAAAUAGCUAUGGGGUAUAUGUGUAUAUGAAUAUUUGCAUAGUUCAGUGUCUACAUGAGUAGCAAACUAUUUUAUAUACAAGAUACAUAUGCCACAGAUGCAUUUAUGGGAUAGUACGUGGUAUAAAGGUAUGGACCAUCCAUUGUAUUAUUACACAUAUACAUAUAGCUUGUGGGUAUUUAAGAAAACCAAACGUUUUUUUAAUAUUUUAUUUAAUGGCCUCCAAAGAUUGAGGAAA